GCCAAUGGAGGUGGUGCUGGAGUCGGGUCGUCUGGUGGUGGAGUGGACAAGGGGACCAUGCCAUGUCCGGCUGAGCAGCAGCAGCAGUAGUCGCAGCAGCAGCAGCAGCAGCAGCAGCAGCAGCAGCAGCAGCAGCAGCAGCAGCAGCAGCAGCAGCAGCAGCAGCAGCAGCACAGCAGCAGCAGCAGCAGCAGCCAGCAGCAGCAGCCAGCAGCAGCCAGCAGCCCCAGCCCAGCAGCCGCCGCAGCCCAGCUGCACCAGCUGCAGCAGCCGCUGCAAACGAGGCAGGCGAGCGUAGGAGCUUCUGCCUUGUUUAGCCUUGGUGC